CUUAAGGCGAACCAUCGUGGAACAUACACUGAAGGCGCCACGAUGACAUUCGCGGAAGUCUGGUUGUCAUGGAUGACUGGGUCCCAUAUCGAAGCACUGCAUGUCUGUGGAUUUUUGGUCUCGUUCCUGAAAACAACUGUCCACCAUGGUCUUUAAUAAGGAUGUAGUCAAGGCGUCUGUCUGGAGCUAUUGCCUCUUCCUCCUUGGAGCAUUUGCUGGGACAUUAGGACCAACUUUACUCGAUCUCGAGAGUCUCUUCCAAGUUGGUCUGUUGGAAAUAUCUAACCUCUUCCUUAUACUUGCCACAACUGAAGGCGUUGGGUGCCUGGGCUCCAUGGCUGUGUUGAAGUUCCUGGAUUCAAACCUAGUACUCACGAUUUGUAUGAUCCUUCAGGGGACAAGUACAGUAAUGAUUGCAAUGACUUCACAUCUAUAUGUUGCAUUUGUGGCCACUGGAGUCAUAGGGCUAGUUUCCUCAUGCUGCUUUAAUUGUGUGUAUUACCGGUGCAACCUUGAAUUCGCUGGACACCCAGUCAUUAUGCAUGGCUUGACCGUAUCUACAUCAGUCGGAAGCGUCAUUGCCCCUGUGACGGCUCAGUCUUUCCUUGAACUUCAAGACAGAACUCUUCUGUCAUGGAAAAAUGAAUCCUUUAAAAAACACACUUUUUUGCCACAACUCAGUGCUGAUAUACCACCAACAAACAGCUCUACUGGAUCAACAUGUUCUGGAACAUUAUGCGGACGUUACUCAAACGAUGCAUCAAAAUAUAACUCAACUAAUUCCACCAUGGAUGGUGAACAAUCGCAAGUACAUAUUGUGUACAUAAUCCUCGGUUUGAUUCACCUGCCAGCUGUUUUUGGUGCUGUCACGUUGUUCGUCUUGGAGAGGAGAGAUAGUUGCAAAUUCAAUGUGUUGACAAAGGAUGAUUAUGCCAACAUGGAAAAACAAGAACCAAUGCAUAGAUUGACUACCACCGUAUUCUACAUAUGUCUUCUCUCCGCAUAUAUGUCUACCGGUGGCAUACCGUUUGCCUAUGGUAGUUAUUUAUCUGUUUAUGGUGUGGGAAGUCAUCUGCAUCUCAGUGCGCAGAGAAUGGCCAUGAUGACAUCUGUAUUCUGGAUGCUCUUCACUCUUGGGAGGAUCCUAGGAACAAUUCUUAGCUUGUAUCUGGGACAGACAGUACUAAUCUACGUCUGUCUUACUGGGGUGAUGGUAGCAGCAGUUUCGGUAAUGUUUCUAACACCAUUUGGGGAAGUAUGGCUGUGGAUUGGAUCAAUGGCAAUAGGUCUCUUUUCGGCUCCUCUCUUAGCUGCCUUGUUGUCCUGGUGCAAUACCUUCAUCACUCUGACACCAGUAGUGCUGGGGAUUUGUUCGUUAGGUGACCUCAUUGGUGUAUUCAUUUUACAGUACUUUACAGGUCAAGUUAUGGGUCGUUUUGGGUUACAUUGGUUCUUCUAUUUUUUAUGUUUCUUUCUGUCUUUGAGUUUGCGAUGGUUGUUAUUCUCACAGUCUUUAGUUAUUACAUAAAGAAAAACAGAGAAUAAGAGUAAAUCAAGUGGGUGUUAUUGACAGGGUGAUUUGGACUGUCUCUUGGCGGAUGACAGCACUUUCCUGAAGCAUACACACUCCAACGGUGCAAUUGAGAUCUUUGUUGAAAUGUGCAUGCUCUUUUUACGAAUAUCAGAAAAUUAAUGAAUCUUUCAAAAUGUUUCGAAUGACAUGUUGAUUACAUUUUCCAAAUUUGAGGCAUCUCUGGUGCAAUUAACUGUUUUGAUCUGUACUAUAUUCCCAUUUUCGGGCGAGCAGGCCUGUGCAUGUGCUUGUGCCAUUUGUUGAGCAGGAUACGCUCACCUUUUGACAAACACAAAAUAAUGUUUAUUCCGAGACAUUAAAACUGUUCCCAACUAUAGUCCGUUUGGCUCAAAAGCGUACCGAUGAAUUGCAAUCUUACUCGAAAACUAAUGAACAGAUAAUACUCAGUGAAACACUGAUCAUAAUCAAUACAUCAGACCAACGCGAUUCCGUCCAUUGCCUGGAGUGACUUUCCUGUAGACACACCCAUAUAUAUUCACAAAGCAGUGAAACUGGUCCAAACCAUUUCUCCCAUUUCCAAGAUAUUUUGAUAACGCUAUGUUAAGCUGAAAUAGGUUUAACUGUGUUAUAUUGUGUGCCGUUGUACUUGCAGGUACGCCUUUAUGUAAUUGCAAAAAUAUUCUCUCGACGGAAAAUAUUCUCGUCCCACGGAAAUUGGGCCACAGUUUACAAUUUUGAUUUUCGAAACAUUUCUUACUCAGUAUACAGCCAUGAAAAUGGCAGUAUUGAUUUUCGUGAAUACCUGUAUCUGACACUGCUCACAGUUUCUGGACAAGUGGAUCUUCAGAAACAAAAUGGGAUCGGGUGUACAUCAAUCGGGAAUAGGAACAUUCGUCUAAUUCAUUCAGUCGUCAAAGAGUUGGGAUUACGGAUGGCAAUCUUAAUGUUGAUUUAUUAAUACAUUAUGUUUCCGUGUCACUGAUGAAUAAUUGACUUGCCUCUGUCAGUGUUUGCCACAGGUGCCUCAGGUGGGGCAGGAUUCAGUCCGUUUUCAUUUCACAGUGAUACAUAAGCACAUGGUUACAAUACAGUCAGAAUCUUACAAUGGACCCUUAUACAUUGGUUAGGAUUUUGGACAAGUUUUGAUCGUUUUUUAAUGCACUCUGCGAGUAACAAUCUUGUCACCUCUUGCUAGUUUGUUUUCCAAUAAAACUACUAAUGUAAAACCUUUUUCUCAAUUCCUUUUGAUCACUGGAGAAAUUGUCCAUAAAAAAUAAUAUUACACGUAACGCCAUGCGCCGAGACAUUAAACAAUCUACAAACCUAAAGGGUUAAGCACUAUCACGAAUGCCAA